CAAAUUUGGCCACCCUCCAGUUGUCAGACUGACUGCUUGAACUCUUUGAAACCUUCAGAAGUCAUCUAUAACCACACCAGACAAGUCUCUCUCUCUUACUCCUCAUCAGCCAGCCCAAUAUGGAGGGUCCCAUAAUGAUCUACAGCAUGACCGAUAAAGAGUCGAGAGACAUUCUCAAAGCUCUUACUCGAAGUCCCAAAAAGGUCAAAAACAGAACUAUGAGCUCUGAAAACCAAGAAAAUCUCGUCCUGGAACGAAGCGACCAAGAAAAUCGAAUGUCCUCCGCCUCUGCCAUGGGGGAAUAUCAGAAUACUCAAAGCCACCCAGUGUACAGUGCUAUCAGCUUUAUCAACGGGCAAAUUAAUCGCAUGGAUCUCAACGACCUCAAGCAAAAGUGUAAACAGAAUAACCUCGAUUGUCACGGGAAACGUGAAGCCGUGAAACGUCGACUCAAGGAGUAUUACAAGGCACAGAAGCUCAUCGAAGCUGGCCUACUCGAGCCCAGUGUGAAUCGUAACGUAGACUACUUUGUGGUUAUCGAUUUCGAAGCUACUUGUGAGGAACGAAAUCCACCCGGUUACCAACACGAAAUUAUCGAGUUCCCCGCAGUCCUUGUUUCAUCGGCAGAUCCUCCUCAUAUCGUAGAUAUCUUCCAUGCAUACUGUAAGCCCACUAUCAAUCCGAAACUCUCCGAAUUUUGCCGGACAUUGACUGGGAUUGAGCAAUCUCUUGUGGAUGGAUCCCAGACUUUCAGUGAAGUGCACCAGCAGUUCCAAGUCUGGCUUCACGAGAAGCAUCAGUGUGGGACCAAAUAUUCCUAUUCAAUCGUUACUGAUGGUCCCUUCGACAUGGGGCGUUUCCUGUUCCUACAAACACAGCAUUUAAGAGCGGAGUAUCCAGACUACGGCCUGUAUUGGGUUAACCUGCGCAAAUGUUUUGCCAAUUUCUACAAGGGAGACUUCUAUUCGAGUACUUCUUCUCACCAAAAGCUCCCUGGUCUGCAAGAUAUGCUCUAUUCGUUGGAAAUGGAGUUCCAGGGUCAGCCGCACUCCGGUUUGGAUGAUGCCCGGAAUAUUGCGAGAGUUCUCAUUCGCUUAAUAUCUGAUCGCGCCUUUGUCCGAACCAACGAGAAGAUAGUGCUCACUGGCAACAGAAACGCCCACCCCACGCCCCAUAACUAUCACGCCCGACUCCAGAGCGUGACUGCAGUAACAAGGAAAGAAGCCGAAGCCAUAUACAAGAGCCAGAAGCAAGCCAAGAACUCCUUCAAAGAGCAGGAUGCUCUUCAAGCGGAUGCCUAAACAGAACCAACCAAAAUAUCAUUUUAUCAUUUGGUCAUGAUCUUAAAUGUGUUCCACAAGAAAACCGGCCAUAAAUAACAUCAAAAUUUCGGGGAGAAAAAAGAGCUUCUUCCCGCUGACAAGGACGUGAAACGUGAUCGGGAGGCACGUCUUCUGUUUCGCUAGCUGAAAUACUUGCUUUUGAUCAUAGAGAGGCAUCGAUAUCGUUAUCAGAAAGAAACGCAACAAUUGUUCGUCACUUGGACACUCGAUCUGGCUCGAAUUGGAGUAAAUCCUCGUUUUUCUUGGUCUUCCCGUCAAAACCCAAGUGUUAUCAACUAUUCCUGUCUGCUCUCCUACCAAUCCUCGAUGCUUCUUCCCCUCGAUAUGCGAUUGCGAUUUCCGAGAUACUGAUAUUUACAACAAGGAAUGAUUCACUCAGAGAAAAAGAAAUACACACAUCUGUCUCUUCUACGAGAUACCUGUUCUUCUGA